AUGAGUGCCCCACCCUUUUUAAAAGUCAAGGAUUUCCCUUUUUUGGAAGCUCGUGAUACAUAUAAAGUUAGUACCUGCUUACUUCUUCUUGAGAUACUGGAAAAUUAUAAAACCAUGCAAUUGGUUUGUACAGACUUUACCAACAACAUACAGAAUAAAGAAGGUAAUUACAAACGAAAUAGACUAGAUAUACCAUCUGGCCAAAUCAUUUGUAUCCCCAUGCUUCCCAAAGAAUUCGAAGCAUUAAAUAAGAGCUAUAAUGAAUUUUACAACGAUUCGUAUAAUUUAGUUCAGGAGUAUAAAGAUAAUGGGUUUGUUGAUGUUGCAGAUAAACUCAUAGUGAUUACGUUGAAUUUAAAAUUACGACUUUAUAAUAGAGUUCUUGAACCAUAUCUGUACGAUCCAGAAAUGGUAGAGUAUCAAUUAUGCGACAAACGGGAAUUAGAAGUAGUUCGGAGUUUAUUCAAGGAAAUCAUAAAAAGAAAUGCUUAUUUCAAGUUAGUUAAAGAACGUUGCCAUAAAUUGAUGCCUCCCGAUUUGGUUUCAGAAACCACAAGUACUGCAGAGAGAUCAAACAGUUAUGUGCCAGUUGUGAGUAUUGAAAAUUCCAGUGAGUAUACCGAGUUAGCAGAUGUUGAAUUUAGUGAUGAAUUCGACGAUCAAAGUUCUGAUAUAUAUCCAACUGAACCUAAAAUAUACUCAAUUUCUGAAAUUAAACAAGUACCAAUGUCAUUGGACGAAGAGGUUUAUCCCAUCAGCGGUAAAGUAUAUGCAACUUUUCCAGAUGACUGGUCUUUUAUUGCGGGGAAAGUCGGCAAGGGUGACGUGAUUUCCAUUCGUGAUUUGGAAUUAAUUGUUGGAGAUGUGAAUAUUAAUGAAGAUACAAUUUUGGAUGAUAGAAACUCCUUAUCCAUAAUCUUGCAACGAGAUGAACUAUUAAAGUACACGAAAAGUAAGUCACCUGAGCAUUUCUAUUGUGACGUUUCUAGAGCGAAACAAGAAUUCUAUCAGAUGAUGAGCUCAUUAAAGUUAAUUCAAAUCAAAAAGGGUUCUAAAAAAAUUAAUAGCCUUAAACAAAAAAUUGUCUGGAAAUUUGUGGAGGCUUCAUAA